AUGACUGAAAUUGAUCAGUCUAUUCUGGAUGAUGUUGACAUGUACUAUGACAAAAAUGAUACUAGUAAUGAAGAUAAAUCUGUUAGCAAUUCAGAAUAUACUAUGGAGUCUAUGGAGCUUGAUAAUACUAUUUCAUAUAAGUGUGCAUGUAAUUUUGAGGACAGUGAGGGUGAAGAUCACAUUUACAACAGCAGCCAAAUCAGUACAAAUACUUUUACCAAGGCCGAAUCACUAACAUGUAGUGAUAUCAUUUGUUUUUUUUUUAAACCUGGGGCUAAGAUCAGUCCUGGCAAAACUGUUGAUACUUUGCUCAAGUCAAAGUCAAGUGUCAAGGGCCAUGAGUAUGAUGUCUGCUCUAGUGGUUGUCAAUUGUAUGGCAUUAAUGACAACCAGGAAUCUUGUGUUGACUGCAGCAAACCGCAAUACAAGAAUGAUCCCAAUCAAAGUCAGACACCAGCUGCCAGUAUGAAACUUAUGUCAGUCAGAGAUAUGCUUUCUCAAAUGUUGGCAGAUCUAGCCACAAGAGAACUUCUCUGUUACAGAGCAAAUCAGAAAUCUUUAGCUGGUCAGCUAACUGACAUUUUUGAUGGUGACAAUUACAAGCAGUUGGUGCAGCAGGACCUGUUUUCCAAUCCUGAUGAUAUUGCCAUUAGGCUUUAUACUAAUGGGUUUGUCAAUCAAAAGAAAGGCAAAAACUCAUAUACCAUCAUCUAUUGUAUAAUAUUCAACCUAGACCCAUCCAUCAGACAUCCCAACAAAUACCUUUUGCAACUGGCAAUCUUGCCUGAUCCCAAGAAGCCAACUCAUUUGGACUCCUUUCUUAUAUCUAUCAUCAAUGAAUUAUCCAAGGUCUAUCUGCUGCUUGCUUCUGGUGGUAUUCCAGCUGUAGCUGAUAUGGCCCACAUUGGUUCCCAUACAAGUUUAUUUGGUUGUCAUUUUUGUGAGACCAAAGGCAAAUGCCCUACUAACAGAUGGCAUGGCAUGUACUUUGAUGACAUUUCCAUCUGGUUAAGACCUUUGGAAGACUUCAAAGUAGGCAACCCUAUAAGUAUUGGAAAGCUCGUAUAUGGCCUGAUUACAAUCACUCUCACAAAGGAAACCAAAUUUUAUUAUACCCAUCCAGACAAUACCCUUAAUACCACCGAAUACCCUUUUCAUAUACUAAGAGCAGAUCUUGUAACAAUUGGAAACUGUAUCACCAGCUCACAAAAAUAUAUACUCACCUCAUUUCAAGGCAGUUUCGACAAUGUAUUUGUCAAGAUCAAUAGUACUCGCGCAGUUGACUGGCUUGACUUUCUCUUAUACCUUGUCCUCACUUUGGUUGUGCCUUAUUUACCAAAUAGGGCUGCCAAAACAGCCCUAUUAUCUCUUGUGAAAGAUACGUCAAGCACUGGCGCUUGUUUUUAUACCAACAAGUCCAGAAUAAUAUCCUGUCUCAUGGUGUUUUCUGACCAGUGCAACAUUACCUGGUCCAUAUACCCUAUAUCAUCAAGCAGCAAGACCCCCUGCAAUGCUACUCCACUUGCUCAAUGA